AUGCGGAUUCUCAAGUUGUGUAGUUUACUCUCCCUCCUGUCUGGAGGCUGGGCUGCUACAUUUACAUCGUGUUCUGAUUCCCAGAUAGCCACCCUUGAAGCAGCUAUUGAAAGAGCGACCAACAAGUCAUACGCUGCCAUAGAACAUCUAGAAGCAAAUCCAAACGGAAGCGAUAUUCAAACAACCUGGUAUGGUGCUUUUAGCACCGAGAGAUACAAUCGGGUUUUGACUGCUUUCAAGAAAAUUGCACCCGAUAUCGCCACGACAUUCUCUUACGACUGCGCAUGCACCAGCAAUGUUGUCUUCGCCACUAUUGGUGGCCGGUACGGGGACGUCAAGAUCUGUAGUGUCUACUUCAACGAAGCACUGCUCCCACCCACAGGCCGGCAUCGUUCACAAUGGGACACUAUAAUACACGAGGCAGCUCAUUUCAGGGAUGUCCUGGGCGCAAUUGAUUACGGUUACGAUGUCGAUUACUGUAAACAAUUCGCUCGAGAAGACCCGAACAAAGCUGUUAAGAACGCUGACAACCAUGCUCGAUUCGCGGUGGAGGUGCCUCCUUGGGGUCCAUGA